GGGUCAGCCGAAAUGCACCAUCUUCAUUCGCUCCUGGACAAACAAUCAAGGCUUGUAAUAAAUCCUAUAAUGGGUCUUUACAUUGCUGCUCCAUGGACCACAGACAUUCCUCUCCUAAAUGGAAAAUGGACUGAUUUGAUGACUAUUCGCAACCAGCUUUACGAUUUUCUUCAGAAACAAAUCGAUGACCAUAGAUUAAGGCUUGCUCGCGGUGAUGCCAUUGAAGAUGAUUUUACAUUUACUUAUAUGCGAGAAAUGGAAAAUCGACGACAAAUAGGCAGCGAUAUGGGCUAUUUUGAUGAUUGGCAGAUGAAAAUGCUCCUUUUGGAUUUAUUCUUUGCUGGCAUGGAAACCACCGUAACCACUUUAAAAUGGGGUUUUCUGAUGGCUGCUUGUCAUCCAGAAAUUCAAAGAAAAGUUCAAGAAGAACUCGAUAAUCAAUGCAUGGGCAGUAGGGUAACUUUAGCGGAUCGACCUCGCUUGCCUUACACUCAGGCAGUGAUAAAUGAAAUUCAACGCUUUGCCAAUAUCCUGCCUAUCAACUUGCUUCGAACUGUCGCUGAAGAUGUUUCCAUCGAUGAUUAUCACUUCCCCCAAGGAACCCUGGUGAUUCCGCAAAUCUCGAUCCUCAUGAAUGAUGAGCGCAUCUUUCCCGACCCGAAACGUUUCCGACCAGAACGAUUUCUUGAUGAAAACGGAAAACUUCGUCGAAUUGAUGAAUUUCUCCCUUUUUCCGUUGGAAAACGUCAGUGCUUGGGAGAAUCGCUGGCCAGAGCAGAGCUGUUCCUGAUAUUUAGCAACCUUCUGAAGCAGUUCGAGUUCAAAGCUCCACCUGGAAAAGAAUUGUCCACAAAGCGAUUACUAGGGUUAACUGUGUCUCCUCCAGUCUAUGAGUGUACCGUGAAUACACGAAAGCGAGACGAAAAUUAUAAUCUUGUUUGA